UGCAGGACAUGAGUUGUUUUAUAACGGAUUUUUCUUCAUUUAUGAAUAUUAGUACGAUGAAUAUUUUGUGGUGACAAAGGGUAUUCAAAUACCACUGUCAAAAGCAGGUGUCUUUAACUGGGACAUCCCCCAUUGGAUAACUUCAGCGCGAAUUCCAACUCAGUAUUUUGACAGUUCAACUCGAAUCUGUCUACACGGGCGGAGUUUGGCGACAUCAGACGAAUAAGCCGCGUGUGUAGUGACGUUUAUUGCAAGAAAAUAAUACUUAAAUUCAGUGAACCGUGGACAAAUAAAUUAUUUUAGAAAUGAUAUACACGGAGUAUGUGUGAUGCUGAUGUUUACAAAAGCAUCUCGCACAGGCUGAGCAACAAGUAAAGUAAAAAUCGGAUCGCCACGUUUUCUCUUUCUGUGACGAUUGUGUUUGUAUGAUUGAUGCACGAAGUGUGCAGGUUAAUUGUGCCAGCAUGGAUAGAGAGAAGGACGUUGAUUAUGAUGCAAUUGAUCUGAUGUGGAUGAAUGAUGGUGAUGAAGACGAAGAUGACAGUGAAGAGUGGGAUAAUAGGUCCGCCCCAGUUAAACAUUUUACAUAUGAGCUGUCGAUGAGAGGUCGAUUACGAAGAUUACUGGUGAAGAAUCCUACAACAAGAUUAUGUAGUACUAUAUUUGAUCUAUGUGUAAAGACGACGGUUUGUGUUCUCUAUGUAGCCAGAGUUUGUUUAGAUGAUCAUGAAUUCUAUUCUUGUUAUGGUGAAAAGUGUUCAGCAUCUUUAAAUAAAACAGAUUAUCCUGAUUCUAAUGGUUUUACGUCCGUUAAUGUUCGAUGGCAUGUGUUGUUGUGGGUACAUCGACCGCUAGUAUUAUGGGUUGUACAAGUUUUAUUAGCUGUUAUAACUCUUGUUAAAGCAUCGUUACAGAUCUACGUACAUACAAAGGGAACUCGGUUAGAGAAUUUAUUAUACCAUGGUUAUUUAAUGGAAAUGGCGUGUUCUUUACCUGUUAUUGUUACUGUUUUUUAUCCAGUAUUGUUACAGAACAUGUUUUUACCCAUCUUUAUGAAUUGUUGGCUAGCUAGAUCAGCUCUAGCUAGAUUGUUUAAUGAUCUUCACCUACGAAAACAAAGAUUUCAGACGAUUUCUGUGACGUUAUCACAGCAGAUGUUGAUACUGAAUAUAACCUUAUUAUGUCUGGUUUUCACAACUAUUUGUGGUAUACAGCAUAUACAGAGAGGUAGCGAGGAGAAAUCAUUGACCAUGUUUGAAUCCAUGUAUUUUGUUGUUGUUACGUUUAGUACCGUGGGAUACGGAGAUAUAUCGCCCGACAUUUGGCUUGGACAGCUUUUCAUGUUUGUCAUGAUUAUAGUAGCAUUCACUUUUAUACCGAGACAGCUAGAAGAAAUCGCGUCAACAUGGAUACAACAGAAGAAAUCUGGUGGAGAAUAUAAGAAAGGAGAAUCAAGUCGUUAUCGCCAUGUUGUCGUCUGUCUUAAAUCACCCAAUACAGAAGUUGUUAUGAACUUUUUAAAUGAAUUUUAUGCCCAUCCAAAACUUGAGGAACACUCAGUUGUACUGGUCAGUACAAAGGAACUAGAAAACGAUAUGCAGAUGAUCUUAAAAGAUCCAAAAUGGGCGAAUCGUGUAGUUUAUAUCCGAGGGUCUGCCUUGAAGGAUGUGGAUCUGAAAAGAUGUCGAAUAAACUCAGCAGAUGCCUGUUUCUUUUUGGCGCCAAAAAAUGCGAGGGAUAGAAACAAAGCAGAUCAACACACUAUACUCAGAUCAUGGGCUGUGAAAGAUUUUGCUCCAAAAUGUCGACAGUAUCUUCAACUAUUUAAAGCAGAGAAUAAAAUGCAUGUGAAGUUUGCUGAGCAUGUGGUUUGUGAAGAUGAGUUUAAAUAUGCUCUAUUAGCUAACAACUGUUUAUAUCCUGGUCUAUCUACCCUAGUUACGUUAUUACUACAUACCUCCAGAGGCAGAGAAGGUGAGUUGGCUAAUGAACCAUGGCAACAAGUUUAUGGUCGUCAUUCUGGAAUGGAGGUUUAUCAUAUACAGCUGUGUAAAAGUUCUUUCUUUAGAAUCUACGAGGGUAAAAAAUUCACAGAAGCUUCUGUAGAUGCCCAUCAAAGAUAUGGUGUAUGCUUAGUGGCUGUUUUAGAUGUCAACAAAUCGGAACCACGCCUACAGUUAAAUCCGGGCGCCGAUCAUGUCCUGAAAGGGUCAGACUUCUGCUUUUAUCUGGGAAUGACUCGUGAGGAAUAUUCCAAAAUAACUGGCAGUCCUGAAGAGACAUCUGUUGAUUCGGUCAGAACUAAAAAUAUUGAAUUGAUUGCGUCUGAGAUACAGAAAUGGUUACAGAGUGAAGAUGAUGCUGAUUGUGACGAUGAAGAAAGUGUAUUUAGUACAAUAACAAGUCAACUUGGUAAAACAAUAUCAGCUAGAUUACAUAACGAAAGCCAGGAUGUGUCAACACCACUCCUGAAGAUGAAAAACGAUAAAGAUCUCGGCAAGAAUCUAGAUCCAGUUACAGCUGAAAAAGGAACGGAAACACUGGAACGAUUUCCGCAACAAGAAUCUGGGAAAAUUCUGCAGUAUUACGAUGAUAUGGGACAGGAAAGUUUUAUAACAGGACCACCUCCAAGUACAUUAUACGUGGGAACUAGACGAACUAUAUGUUAUCUUCAUAAAGAGGCUCGACCAUUAUGUUGUACACAAUGGGGACAGGCAUGUGAACAUUGUUUAUUUAAAACAGCUAAAGAUGAUCGGUGGGAUCAACAGUUGAUUAUUCUGGUAGCAGGAUAUGGUAGUACAGGAAUUUAUAAUUUUAUCGUACCAUUACGAUCAGAUUAUCUUAGCGUUAAUAACCUCAGUCCUAUUAUUCUUCUACUUGAACAAGAGCCGGAUGUAAUGUUUAUUGAAACUAUCGCACAUUUCCCAUUGGUUUAUUGGAUGCAGGGGAAAAUGACGAAUAUUGAUGAUUUAUUAGUGGCUGGUAUAAACAAGGCUACACAUCUGGUUGUUGCUAAUAAGGAGAGUGAUACGGACGCCAAUGAAGAGAUUUUAACCGAUGCAGAAACAGUUGUUACUGUUCAAAAAAUAACAAAUUUGUUUCCCUCCACAAAUGUGAUAACAGAAUUAAAUGAUGCUACCAAUAUGAGAUUUAUGCAGUUUCAAGCCCACGAUGCCUACUCACAGUCUAUUUCUAAAUUAGAAAAAAAAUUAAAACAAGAGACCAACUCCAAUUUACCACAUCUAUUCCGUCUACCGUUUGCCUCGGGUCAGGUAUUUAGUGCUGGUAUGUUAGACAGAUUACUGUAUCAGACAUUUGUAAAAGGAUAUUUGAUAAGUUUUGUGAGAUUAUUACUGGGUAUUGACGCUGAACAAAAUUCAGGACAUUUAUCUAGUGUUCGAGUACGUCGUGCUACAUUGGCCCAGUUUCCCACCUACAAUGACCUCUAUCAGGGGUUAAGUUCCACCACCGGGGAAAUACCCAUAGCUAUUUAUAGAACAGAGAGACGUCCUGCUUUAUCCGUAUCAUCUUUUGAUGAAAAACCUUUCUCAAACAACAAUACUAAAAUACGCCAUAACAAUAUUCGAUCCCGUCCAUCCAUUCCUGCAAAGCUGUUCGUCCAACAGGAUGAAGAUUUUGACCAGCCGAGUGAACUGGUGUAUAGUCGAAUGAGAAGUUUGGAUUUAAGCGAUGACAUUCCAUAUGAAAGUGUAGCCGAGAGAAAUAUUCUAUCAUAUGUAAUAGUUAAUCCUUCGCCGAAACGUAAACUAAAGAACGGUGACAUGAUAUACGUCAUCCAGCCGAGUUCCAUGUUUGCUGUACCAAAUAAACUUAAAUGGAAAUCUCCGAAAGUGCCUCGUAGAAACUUUGACAAUGAAUCUGAUUCAACGCCUAUUUUAUCACGACCUACUCGCAUUAGUUGGAAUUUACCGGCAUAUCACAACAACUCUUCAAACGGCAAGAGUCCAAUAUCAAAUGAAGAAUUUGAGAAGCGAAAAAGAUCUAAAUCAGAAUCUCAAGCGUAAUGUGGAUAUUCUGCUGAUGAUGUUCGGUGGAUUGAAGGCAGCUUAUAUAAAGAGAUCUCAAUCUAAAACAUUGAUACUGGUCAUAAGAAUCAGUGGUGGUUAAAGUGUGGACCAUUAUCCUGAGUUUAACUGGAGCUAUUACUGUAUUGGUCGUCACCUGGUCAAAUUGUUGUGGACCAUCAUCCUGGAACUUUUACUGUAUUGGUCGUGGUCAACAAUUGGACUAUAAUCGUGAACUUGACUGGAACUUUUACUGUAUUGGUCGUGGUCAAAAUGUGGACUGACUGGAACUUUUACGGUAUUGAUGGUGGUCAAAACAUGGAUCAUUAUCGCCUGUUUAUCUAAAGUGUUUGAAAUAUGAAGCACUACCGGGGGCGUUCGUCUACAACUAUUACUGCCGGUAAAUAUUGUAUCCACGAUUCCAUGAUCUGAAAUAGGUUACCACAAAGUAUGUGUAUUUGUUGGUGUUCACAUGCUUCAUUCCUGUGGUGGUUCCUUAGAUGUAUACUCAUGGCCUUUGGGACAAUGGUUGGGGUGAAGCUAUGAAUUUUAUUUUAUUUCACGACAUCACAUCCUGUUUUAACAACCUCGUCUCUGUAUCAAAAGUUAUUUAAUUCUUGUCAACUGGUGUGUAUGGUGUUCACGGCCAAUAUCAAAUGUUACACACAACUUGUCAGCUAAUGUUUAUAGUAAUCACAACCUAAACAUUAUCAAAUGUUACACAACUUAAAUUUUAUCAAAUGUUCAGGUUGUAACUGGUGUAUAUGGUAUUCACAGCCUGACCAAUAUCAAACGUUACACAACUUGUUAACUGUUGUCAUGGUAAUCAAAACCUACACGGUAUCAGAUGUAUACAACUGGUGUUUAUGGUUAUCACAACCUUAACAGUAUCAAAUGUUAGCAGUUUGUCAACUUGUAAUCACAACCUAUACACGAUCAAAUGUUAGACAACUUGUGAACUGGUGUAUAUGGUCUUCACAACCUGACCAGUAUCAAAUGUUAGACAACUUGUCAACUGGUGUAUAUGGUAUUCACAACCUGACGUAUAUCAAAUGUUAGACAACUUGUUAACUGGGGUUUAUGGUAUUCACAACCUAGCUAACUCUAAAGCAGAUUCAUUCAAUAAACGAAUAUAUUGAAAUUACUCAAUAGACCAUUUUAUUUGAAAAGAACAUUGGUUUAUUAUUAUGAACUCGAGUAUUGGAAGUCUACACAUUUGACAAUCCACACACCCAUAAAAGUUUUAAAAAAUUAUUUAGAAAAAAAUGUAUUAUUGUUUACCAAAUCACCAAUAGAAGAUGACACUGGCCAUAUGUUUUAAUUGUGAGUUGACCAUUCCACAAUUCACAAACGGAAAGUGAAAAUAUUUCACGUGUAUCAAUAUGGUAUCAAUAUCCACUCUCCUCCAUCCUCUGUUUCGCCAAAAUAUUCUUUACCUUAAAUGCCUAAUAGCUGACUAACUCUAUCAAAAUAAUGCUGUUAGGGGUACUUAAUUCCAAGACAUCUGUUAGUGGUGAUAGUAAAGGGUAGACUGAAGUCGAGGUGACAUUGGCCAAAUUGGAGUUAAUUGGUUCUAUAGGACUUGGUGGUUGGGAUGGCCCAGUGGUCUAGAGUGCCGCGUUUCGACCUCUAGCUGGCCGGUCACCUCUGGUUUGCGGCUGUGGUUUCAAAUCCCUGGUGUGAAUGUAUGUGGCUUGGAGAUAGGGGGUGCCUUCCGGGUCCUUUAGAGGUCUAUUCAGUGAAUGACCCAUGCGUUGUACUUGAUAACGAACGGUAAAUGUCACCUACACAUUAUUUUUAUAAAAUAAAAGUCUUAGGACACCGGUCUCCAUUUCCAGAUGAAGACUAACGGGUUUAAGUUGUUUGAAAACAUAUCACAUACAUUGAGCUGGUUGCGCGGCCCUGAGAUAGGGGAUUUUAAAGGAUUUGAAUACAAAAUUAAGAAGUUUUAUUCUCCCAAAUAUUAUCAGGAUUGGCCCUUUAAACACUAAGAACAACAUUCCAAAGGAUCUAACUAGUUAGAACAACUGCCCACAUAACAUUAUAAGGAUCGAUUAACUCUCUUUUAAACGUUGAUUUAACGUCAGGAAAUUAUGUAACGCCAGGAGAGAGAGAGAGAGAGUAGGUCAUGAUACAACGCGCUAAUCAUUCACCCCACCCCCCCGAUCACUAUUGAUAUUAUCAUGUAUAUGUAUAUACUCCUUAUUAAUAUGUCUCAUUAACACGCAUGUUUUUUUAUUAUCUUAUUCUUUAUAUUGUUUAUUAAAACUAACAUAAGAGAUUAAAAUUGUCGUAUUACGUCAUUCUUAUAGUCUUUCAAGAUGGAGUUUGUCAUAAUUUCCGACAAACACAUCAUAUCGAUAUCGAUAUAUAACAAAUUGUUUUUAUUUUUGUCUAAUCCGUAGAUAGAAUCUAAGGUAAAGAAAUUUGGUUUUAAGAGACUAAAGUUUAAUCAUUUCUCUUAAAUUAUACUUAUCUUUGUUAUAUGGCAAAACCUGUCAAUUGUGCAACUUUGUGGGAUUUGGGGUUUUGUGAAUAAGGACCAUAAUUUCAGGUUUGGUUUAGGCUGACCUACUCUGAGCGUGGGAUUUUACUGUUUGAAGAUGGACUCUCCAGUCAAUGUAUAAUAACAAUAUUUAAAAUUAAUAACAAUCUGGAACAAAGUUCAAAAUACCGGGUACAGCUUCGGUUGAUGUUUACAGUCUGGUUUAUAAAUAUAAAUAUUUCUAAAUAAACCCAUUAAUUUUUUUUAAUUUCCUAGAAAAGGAGAUGAAAAGCUUUUUUUAUUCAAAUAUUAUGUGUUUCAUACUGUUGCUAUGUAACCUUCAUAUUUUCAUGGUAAAUGGCCUGUGGGACAAAAAAACUAUUUUUACUCAAUUUAUAUAAUUUUUAAAAUUAUUAUAGAAUUAUUAUACAGUCUAUAACAAAAGUUUUUGACAAUUUUGAUUCGAUCGAAGAAUUCUAAGAGCUCGUUUGUCCUACUGAAACGGUGCACGUGCGCCUGAAGGAAUAUUUGAGUUUUAUACGUCCACAUUGCAUGUUAGGUUCGUUGCUUUCACCCUUUUACAAUAUCAUUUUAAAAUUCGACAGGAUUUAUUUCUCUUUGGGUUCCGAAAGAACGACAUCUGUCGAAAUUCAGUAUUCGACAAAUCCCAACUUAUGCAGGUAUCGCCCAAGUUGAAAUUUAUGCAAUGUUAUAAAUUGACACUCGGCAGAUUUUUACCUCUGAUGGCUUGUUCAUACAAGUGUGGGGAUUGAUUCCUUAACUUUUUAAUCGAGUGUGGUGUUAUGGUAUCGAUGACCAAGGAGCCAAUUUACUGUUCAGGUCUAUUAUAAUUACGACUGAUUAAAUGUGUUCAUGGUUUGUUGUUUAAAUAGGAAUUGACAAAAAGCAUAAAUAACAAAAUAACAAUUACUUGGCUUUUAUUAGAGCGACUUUUUAACUAGACUUCUCUAGUAUUCAUCAGACAAUCUAACUAGGCUUCCCUCCUGUUCUUCAGGCAUUUGAACUAGGCUUCUCUGGUAUUUUCCAGGCAUCAACUAGUCAAUCAACUUGGCUAGGGCUAUAGUCUUCAUCGGGCAUUUCAACUUGGCUAGUCAAGUAUUCAUCGGGCAUUUCAAUUUGGCUUCUCUAGUAUACACUACUACCCCUGUCUUCAUCAACCCAGUCGGGCGGAACACUGGGACGUUAAACUCCAUUUCAUUUUAUUUCAUAUUCAUUGACUGUUACACAAGCCUAGUUGAAACGUUGGUAUAAUAAAAGCUAAGUAAAUGUUAUUUGGUUAUUUUUAAGUAUUUAUGUUGAUGAUUUGUUGGUAUGUAUUGUUUUAUCAUCUGAUUGUUUUGUAUAUUAGUAUUUAUACAAUAUUUCUAUUUUUGUACAGUAAUUAAUACCAUAAAUAAAUAAUAUAA